CACACACACACACUGACACUUGCGCUGCCAUUCUGUAUGUGUGCAUUGAAAUAGAAAGUGAGGGAGCAAGGGGAGAGAGAGAGAGUGUGUGUGUGUGUGUGUGUGUGGUGGGGCGAGCGUGCGCAUAUGCUCGUGCUUGCACGCGCGCGUGUGCAGCUACACUACAGCGGAGACGGAGGGGGAAAAAGGGAAUAAGAAAAUUUGAGGUAGCCGCCAUAUGCUGAGGAUUUGGUGAAUGUUUCGUUGAAGGGGUUAUUCGUUCGGACCUUACACGAUGGGGAGCUCACACUUGCUGAACAAAGGCCUGCCUUUAGGCAUUCGGCCUCCUAUAAUGAACGGGCCCAUGCACCCUCGUCCUCUGGUGGCGCUGCUGGACGGCCGGGACUGCACGGUAGAGAUGCCUAUCCUGAAGGACGUGGCCACGGUGGCCUUUUGCGACGCUCAGUCCACCCAGGAGAUCCACGAAAAGGUACUGAACGAGGCCGUCGGAGCGCUCAUGUACCACACCAUAACACUAAUGCGUGAGGAUCUGGAGAAAUUCAAAGCACUUCGAAUUAUAGUCCGCAUAGGCAGCGGUUUCGAUAACAUCGACAUUAAAUCAGCGGGUGAAUUGGGUAUAGCUGUGUGUAACAUGCCGUCAGCCUCGGUGGAAGAGACAGCCGAUACGACGCUGUGUCACAUCCUCAAUCUUUACAGACGCACCACCUGGCUGCACCAGGCUCUCCGUGAGGGCACGCGGGUCCAGAGUGUGGAGCAAAUCCGUGAGGUCGCUUCUGGAGCUGCUCGCAUCAGAGGGGAGACUCUGGGGAUCAUCGGACUUGGGCGUGUUGGUCAGGCUGUAGCUCUGAGAGCUAAAGCAUUUGGCUUUAAUGUGAUCUUCUACGACCCCUACCUUUCUGAUGGCAUGGAGCGAGCGCUGGGACUACAGAGAGUAAACACACUACAAGACUUACUGUUCCACUCAGACUGCGUCACACUCCACUGCAGCCUGAACGAACACAACCACCACCUCAUCAACGACUUCACUAUCAAACAGAUGCGUCAGGGUGCGUUCCUGGUGAACACUGCACGAGGGGGACUGGUGGAUGAGAAAGCACUUGCUCAGGCACUAAAAGAGGGCAGAAUACGUGGCGCAGCUCUCGACGUUCACGAGACGGAGCCAUUUAGUUUCAGCCAGGGACCUCUGAAAGAUGCCCCUAAUCUGAUCUGCACUCCUCACGCUGCCUGGUACAGCGAGCAGGCCUCCAUCGAGAUGAGGGAGGAAGCAGCUCGGGAGAUCCGCAGAGCCAUUACCGGUCGUAUUCCAGACAGCCUGAAGAACUGUGUGAAUAAGGAGUUUCUCACACAGACCACUCACUGGGCAGGCAUGGACCCUGCCAUCCACCCCGAGCUGAACGGAGCCUACAGGUAUCCUCCCGGUGUGGUGAGCCUGCCAUCCGGAGGCCUCCCGCCACCAGUGGAGGGAAUCGUGCCGAGCGCCGUGCCGAUCAGCCACAGCCUUCCCCCUGUAGCACACCCGCCCCACGCACCGUCUCCAGGCCAGACGGGCAAAGCCGAGCCCGACCGAGAGCAGCACCCCAACGAGCAGUUGUAGCCACACACUUAUGAGAUUCUAUCUAGAGUUUUCCUUAUCACUAGAGAACUCACCUGGUCCUUCUUUACCCCAAAGAAGACGAGCACCACAUGCUCGAAACCAGCAAAGAAAAAAAAAUAACAACAAACCGUGACUGUCUAAAGUAGCCUACUGUUUGAACUAAAGGUGGUGGAUCAUGAUCAUGCUCAUGCUCUCUCUCUCUCUCUCUCUCUCUAUCUCUGUCUCUCUCUCUCUCUCUCUCUCUCUCUCUCUUUCUCUCUCUCUCUCUUUAUUUUUCUUUUUUUUUUUUUUUUGGUGUGGAAACAACAUUUUGGACAAACUAACAAACAACUCCCUAAAACAAAUCCUGCUGGUUUAGAUUGUAGUGCAGUGGGCAAUGUUUUUGAUUUUUAAAAUUUUUUUUUUAUUUUUUUAUUUUUUAUGUCCGAUGGGUUUCAUUGUUAAAACAGCCGUAGUUCUGAAUGUAACCUGUUUGUGUACAGUUUUUAGGAUACGAUCAGUGGUUUGUAGAAAAGAAAAAUAAGAAAAACAGCAUAAAGGGAGGUAACCAUCAACUAAUAGAUUAGUUUUUUUAUUGUUGUUUUAUUUUUUGUUUUUGGUAUGAUUUUUAAAAAGAAAAAGCCCCGAAAGAGGCCUGUUUUGCACACCCUCUCAGGAAAAUUAUUUUUCUCCUGUCCCUCCCUCCCUCCCUCUGGAAUUAAAUCACAUAGUGCAUCAAUUUUUAAUUUUUUUUGUAUCCAUGUGUCUUUUUUUGUAGUCUACUUUAGCACAGUACUUUCAAAAAGUAUAUUGAGUGUUUUUUUUUUUUUUUGUUGUUGUUUAUUAUUUUCUGUUCCUGUUUGUUAACUUAGCAUGUACUACCUUAUGUGUUAAAGGUAAAAAAAAAUGUCCUGUUUUGAUGGAAAAGAAAAAAAAAAGUUUGUCUUGUGAAAAGCUGGCGUCAUGCUUGCCUGUUUCUGUGUGACUUGACCGUACCGUGUUUUACGAGGCAGCUGCCGGGGUAGUUGCAGCGCUCCAUUGCCUACAUAGUUUCCUUCCUGGUUAAAGUGGUAGGCUAGCAAUAUACAUACUAUAUAUACUAUGAGAUAUCAUUAUUUUUUUGUUAAACAGAAUUCAAAAAAAAAAAAAAAAAGAAAUGUUUGUGACUGUAUGCAUUUGUAUGAAUUAUUUUAAAUGAAAUAAAAGUCCAAAUUUAAUGACA